UAGGAAUGGUCUGAAAAUUCUUGAUGAAAUAUUAAAGCCAGAAGAUAUUUUCUACAAUUACAAGAGUUGGCGACAGCAUUCCUUUAAGAUGAGCUCAAAAGUAUUCAGCGGGAGUAAGCUGCACUUUGAAGCGACCGUCGAGGCAAAGAUACGGACAUCCUUCCGAAUUGAUGACAUCGUUGUCGCAGACGGACCGUGGAUGUUCCCCGAGACAAAAGACAUCUGUCCCCAGAUCUGGAAACUUAAGGGAUACUUGGCCAAUGGUGUCGUCUUAGCUGGUAACUGCCAGGGAAGGGAGGGUAGCACAGCCCAAUUAAGAUGUGACAAAAUGCGCGGGUACAAGUUUAAGAAGACCAAUUCAGGAAGCAUGGCGACAAAUUGUGUCCGGAGACAAAGUGGAAGAACGGGGAAAUGGGUUCCCAACAAUGGUGUCUGCGUUUUAGCCAAGUGUGGUAGCCCUCCAAAGAUACCCAAUGCUACUGUCGCUAACAUCAUGCCAGACCCAAAUAUUUCCGGGAAUACCGACCCGUCCAUAUACAAUGCAUACACAACUGUGGAGUACAAAUGCACUGAGAACACUACCUACAUUUCCGGGCCAAAGCAGAAGCGAUGUGGCUUAGAUGACACGUGGUCUUUAGGUGCUAUCCAGUGCAUGAGGACCAAGAUCAUAGCCUACAGCCUGCACAAACCUUCGUUUCUCUACAGCUUUAAAGGGACAACAUGGGCGUGGGAUUCACCUGACCAGGAGGAUACCCUUGCUUGCCACCAGGCAUCGCCACUGCUUCAGGCUGAUGUCUACGAUUUUCGAGACUGUUGCGAGGCAAUUAUGGACAGGCCUUUGGUUUCACUACACACCCUAGUCCAGUGCAUUGUUUGUUGCAGUUCCAUGAGUUUAUAA